GCCCGGAGCGCAGGUCUCGCGAGGCUUGGGCGCUGCGGCGGUAGGAGGAGGACGGGGAAGGACGGAGCCCAGCCGCGGCUGCCUCCCUCGCUCACUCCUUCGCGCAGUCGCCCGCCCCCUCCCUCCCUCCCCUCCCUCCCCCGGCCCCGGCUCCGGCCCCGGCCCAUUCGCUGUUCGGUCCUCUGCAGGGAGGAUGUCGGGCUCGCCGCUCCCCAGCUCCCUGGCCCUGUCGCUGCUGCUGCUCGGUGGCUCCCUCCUGCCGGGGCCGGGCGCCGCUCAGAACGCUGGGUUUGUCAAGUCGCCCAUGUCAGAAACUAAGCUCACUGGGGACGCCUUUGAGCUGUACUGUGACGUGGUCGGGAGCCCCACGCCAGAGAUCCAGUGGUGGUACGCAGAAGUCAACCGGGCAGAGUCUUUCAGACAGCUGUGGGACGGUGCUCGGAAGCGCCGUGUCACCGUAAACACCGCCUACGGGUCAAACGGCGUGAGUGUGCUGAGAAUAACCCGGCUCACCUUGGAGGACUCUGGGACUUACGAGUGCAGGGCCAGCAACGACCCCAAGAGGAAUGACUUGAGGCAAAACCCUUCCAUAACAUGGAUUCGAGCCCAGGCCACCAUAAGCGUCCUUCAGAAGCCAAGGAUCAUCACCAGUGAGGAGGUCAUUGUUCGAGAAAUCCCUGCUCCCCCUGUCACUCUGCAGUGUAACCUCACCUCCAGCUCGCACACUCUCACAUACAGCUACUGGACAAAGGAUGGCGUAGAGCUGACGGCCACUCGGAAGAACGCCAGUAACAUGGAAUACAGGAUCAGUAAGCCAAGAGCCGAAGAUUCAGGCGAAUACCACUGUGUGUUUAAUUUUCUCACUGCUCCUAGAGCAAACGCCACCAUUGAAGUGAAAGCUGCUCCUGACAUCACUGGCCAUAAACGGAGUGAGAACAAGAACGAAGGACAGGAUGCCAUGAUGUACUGCAAGUCAGUUGGCUACCCGCACCCAGAGUGGGUAUGGCGCAUGAAGAAGAAUGGUGUUCUCAUGGACAUUGCCAACACCUCUGGACGCUUCUUCAUCAUCAACAAGGAAAACUACACUGAGCUGAACAUCGUGAACCUUCAGAUCACAGAAGACCCCGGCGAGUAUGAAUGUAACGCCACCAACUCCAUUGGCACCGCCUCAGUCGUCACCAUCCUCAGGGUACGGAGCCACCUGGCCCCGCUCUGGCCUUUCCUGGGAAUUCUGGCUGAAAUCAUCAUCCUUGUGGUGAUCAUUGUUGUGUACGAGAAGAGAAAGAGGCCGGACGAAGUUCCUGACGACGAUGAACCAGCUGGGCCAAUGAAAACCAACUCUACCAACAAUCACAAAGACAAAAACUUGCGCCAGAGAAACACAAAUUAAGUACUGCUUAUAAUGUCUUUAGGUUCCUGAAGCCGGCACCAUGACCUGCUAAAUUUUCUGCUUGGACCUCUUUGGUUCUCUCCCCUUUCAAGUGACAACACGACAGUGACUGUCUAAAGCAUGCCUUAUUUUAGCCUCUCCUGCAAGGGUGACCUAGCCAGGUACAUUUUCAACAAUGCUUCAGUGUAGAAGGUGUAAACUAUUUUGGGCUUGAUGUGCUGUGAAUGUUGCUUUUUUCCCUCUUCCUUUGUUAAAAUAUUUAAAUAGAAGUGAAAAGGUCCUCUGAGGGUCCACACAUGCAUGCGCCAUUUUUUACUUAAUGCAGCUGUUAAAUUGGCAAAGUUCUAAAAUGCACUGCUGCCAUCUAGUGAUACAUUUUUGUAAAGUACAGCGAAACCUACAGAUAUAUACAGUAUAUAAAUAUAUAUAUAUAUAUAUUUAUAUUUUUGGGGGUGGGAGAAAUCCAAAAUAAAAUAAAUGCUUGUUUCAUUUUUAAGCUGCUGAUAUUUGUUCCUUAUGUAUGUUGUCAGAUGAGGAAAUUGUGCAGUUCUGGUACAUAAAGAUGAGUAAUAUAAACUGAAAUCUAUAAUUUUAAGGGCUUAACCUCCGAUUUUGCUAAGAAGCUGGAACAGUUCACUGAGCGGAUAUAAUAAAGUGCAGUAUAUAUGUAUGAUUGCUUUAAGUGAUUAUGUAAAUUCUUCAAUCCUUUGCACUGAUGUGUUGAACCAUAUUGUACAUUCAAUUAAGGCAAACUUUUAUAAUUUUACCAUAUUGUUUUCAAUGACCUUGAAAUGUUAUAGCAUGGUAUUCUAUGCAACUAGCUAUACUUUGGGGUUGGUACUGUAUUUUUUCACAUUGAUUUAGUAAAUGGUUGUGUAGAUCUUCUCACCCAGCAGCGUUCUCACGCGGUGCGUAACCAUAGAUGCAUGUAUUUGUGUUUUGUGUAAUUGUUGAAGUGCAAUGAUGUAUAAAAAAGUGGACUAACCUGUUUUUAAAAAUAAAACAUUGAUAAAAGGUG